AUGUCCACACCAAGAUUUCAGGCGAGGAUCCCGAUUAAGCGCCCUCGUGAGAGCGAGAGUGGAUUGUCAACGACUUUGUUCGACGCAGCAGUGAGCAACACCUUUACCUGGAGCGCCAUCAUUGCAAGAACUAUGGCUACCGCUAUGGUCGUUUUGCCUGUUCCAGAGGAACCUUGGAUGAGGCCAGGACCGACCCAGGCGCAGCUGGGCUACCUUCUAUAA